ACUAAUGGAGAAUGUAGACACAUAACAUGGAUAUAAAGCCAGAGCAGCAAAAGGUAGAUUCAAAAGACAAACAGACUUGAAAGUGAGAGUGUAGUUUUUCUGUAAUAAUGUAUAAAGAGCUAGUGGUAAUUUUUUUCCUAACGGCAGUCACUGCGCGACCACAAAAACAUGAGAAACCUAAUGGCACCCCCAACUACGCACCGAACGAAUUCGAAUUGGAACAAAACAGGGCUGCAAGGUACGAAUUUUCUUCUAGUAUUGAAGAUAACAUCAACGACUUGUCACACCAGAGGGAAGAAGUUAGAGAAGGUUUGAAUGUAAAGGGUUCAUAUUCGUAUAGUGACGGGUACUACCAAAGAACAGUUUUUUAUGAAGCUGAUGAUAAAGGAUACAGAGUUACGAAGACUGAAGUUACACCUUUAGAAGGAGGACCCAACAUCGACCUUAUGGGUACUGCUUCCGUAAAUAAUAACGCCCACGGAAGAACCGUCGCAUACAGAGUACAAAGUGUUCCAGUACCAGGACCUGUACCCAAAGUGAUAACCGAAGCUUAAUAACUUUUUUGUGAUUUUUUGGAUCGUUCCUGUUAGUUUUGUAUGUUACAUUUAAUAAACUUAUACAAACCA